GAGGGAGAAGUAGUAUUAUGGUACGCAAAGAACUUUGGCAUGGUGACGACGAUGGUGGCUCAAGAAGAGGAAGUAUCUGAAAAUAAAACAGAUUUGCCAGAUGAAAUUGUUGAGAGUAAUAUUGAUGGAGACGGCAAGUUAUUUACCCUGGAAAUACUGAAAAUCAUCAAAGAUUCUCAACAGCAACAUGGUUUACGUCAUGGUGAUUAUCAAAGAUAUAGGUGCUACUGUUCUCGUCGCAUCAGGCGGUUGAGGAAAGUACUCAAGGUUACACAAGGAGAUAAGCGCCACUUCAAGAGAAAAGAUGUCACAGAAACAAUGGUGAAAGAUGAGAAGUACUUAUGUAUUCCACUGAUGAUGGCUGAAAGAGCAUGGGGCUAUGCAAUGCAACUGCGCCAAGAGUCAAACACAGAACCAAGGAAAAAAUUUCACCUUGUUUCUAGAUUACGAAAGGCUGCAACAUACGCACUGCAGCUUCAAAAACUUUGUGAGAAUACCAGAUGCGAUGCACGUACUAAACUUGAAGCUCAGGCAUAUGUAGCAUGGAUACAUGGCAGUUUGCAUUUUGAACUGCAACUGUGGAAGUCUGCAAUGGAAAAUCUUAAGAAAGCACAAAUGGUGUAUGAAAAGCUGUCUCUUGCACUUCCUGAAGAUGACCAACUGUUGUACAAGCAAAGAGUCGAUGAAAUUGCUCCAAGUUUACGUUAUUGUGCUUAUAACAUCGGUGAUGAAAGUGCGAUUAAUGAUCUUCUGGAAAUGAGAAGUCAUGGUCAUGGAGAAUUGCUGGAUACAUUAGAUCUGUUGAUUGUACAGACCCGUGAACGGAAAGCUGAAACUCUAUGUGAAGUUGAAUGGAGAGGACGUUCUGUGACAGCCAGACCAGAACGAGUGCGUUUAUUCUUCAUUUCUGAACAGGAAUUGGACAAAAGCUUAGUGCGUGCCGAAGACAAUGCAUCCAAAAUUGAACUAAUUGAGAAGUUACUUUUGGACUGUAAAGAUGCUAUAGCAGCAGUAAAGGAUGAACUGAAAGCAGAUCAGUCUGCUAAGACCCGUUCUGGACCUGGAGUACCUCUGUCUUCAGCACAGUACUUACUGUCAUAUUUGACAUACAUUCGCCUUACACGGACUAUACAAAGAAAUCUACUGAUGAUUGAUGCAGCAAAGGCAUCCCUGGCUGAAAAAACAGAGGCUGGAUCAGGUGAAGGAAAGAAAACUCGCCCUCAGGAUAUAACGAGACUUUAUGAAAUCAUUCUUCAGAACUGCACUGAAUUGCAGCAGUUGCCAGGCUUUGAAGACGAUCCUCAGUAUCAGCAAGAGGUGGAAGCAAAAACGAAAGCUUACAAGGCCUUCAGGUGCUUCUACAUAGCCCAGAGCCUAGUGAGCUUGCGUCGUUGGCAUGAAGCGAUGGCACUUUACCAACGUUCUCGACAGUAUGCUGGUGAGGCUCUUGCUAGUAGUAAUGCCAUAGGAGGUGAUCUCGCAGAUGACUUACAGGCUCUUCUACAUGACGUGGGUGGACAGGAGUUCUCUGCUCAUGCCCACAGUGUUCUUGAAGGCGAGGCACAAGAUGAUGAGGGAUCAACUGUGCAUAUCAAGCCAGCUACACGUUCUAAAAAGCCGCUUUAUGAACGCCUGGGAGAAUAUCGUGAAGAACCAUCUCUUACAUCACGUAAUCCAAAUGUGUAUAAGCUGCCACCUGAAAUGCACCCCAUACCAUGUAAGCCUCUGUUUUUUGACUUGGCGCUAUAUUCUGCCGAGUUCCCAUCACUGGAUGACAAGAUUGAAGCUGGCCCAGGAAGGAGAGCACCUUCUGCUGGUUUGACAGGUUUUGUGAAAGGCCUUUGGGGUUGGGGUGGAUCUGGGAAGAAAUAAUGUCUCAAGAUUUUGUCAGCAGGACUUGGUCCUAUUGUAUUAAGCAAAAUGUUGAAAUGGAAAAUAUAUGUGGAGGGAAUUAAAAAAUUAAUUUUUACAACUCAGAUUAAUUAAAACAAAUAAAGCAUAUACAGUGUUUAAAAUAAAA